CUGCAUCCCGCCCUGCCACUUUCCUACUGCACCGGUACAGUCAGUCAACAUGAGAUUCGGUCAGCAGCUGCGAAGCUCCCUCAUCAAGGACUGGUACUACUAUUACAUUCAGUACGACGAUCUUAAGAAGAGCCUUCGUACCGAUUUCGAGCACACGCCGCUCGUCGCGCAGCGAAACAAGCAGCAGCAGAAGAAGCCGUGGUCCGAGGAGGAUGAGCGCAGCUUCGUGAACCAGCUCGAGCAGGAGCUAGACAAGGUCUUCACCUUUCAGAAGGUCAAGAGCCAGGAGAUCAUUCGCCGCAUCAAGUCGAGCGAGAAAGAGGUCAGCGAGGUUAUUGCGAGGGCCGACGCCGCGAAGAAUGGCGACGAUCGCGCAAAGCAGAAUGCGCCCGUCGAGGACGACUUCUUGCUGCUGGAGGAGGACCUGUCAGACAUCAUUGCCGACGUCCAUGAUCUGGCCAAGUUUACCCAGCUGAACUACACCGGCUUCCAGAAGAUCAUCAAGAAGCACGACAAGGCCACCCACUGGCACUUGAAGCCCGUCUUUGCUGCUCGCCUCAACGCCCGACCCUUCUUCAAGGACGACUACGAUGGCACCGUGGUGAAUCUGUCGCGGCUAUAUGAUCAAGUCCGGACGCGUGGUCAGCCGGUGCAGGGCGACUCAUCCGCUGGCGAGAAGCAGCAGAACUUUGUGCGUCAGACCACAAAGUACUGGGUGCACCCGGAUAACAUCACCGAGCUCAAGUUGAUCAUCCUGAAGCAUCUUCCUGUGCUCGUCUUCAAUCCCAGCAAAGAGUUCGACAAGAAGGACUCGGCCAUCUCGUCCAUCUACUAUGACAAUCCCGAGACCUGGGAGCUGUAUGAAGGACGUCUGAAGAAGACGGAAGGUGCCGAAGCCAUUCGAAUGCGAUGGUAUGGUGGAAUGGAUGUCGACACCAUCUUCGUGGAGCGGAAGACGCAUCGAGAAGACUGGACAGGCGAAAAGUCGGUCAAGGCACGAUUCUCCACGAAAGAGAAGAACAUGGAUGCAUAUUUGAGAGGCGACAUGACGACGGAGCAGAUCUUUGAGAAGAUGCGAAGGGACGGCAAGAAGAGCGAGAAGGAGAUCAAUGACCUUGAGCAGCUCGCCAAGGAGAUACAGUUCCGUGUCAUUGAUCGGAAGCUCGUCCCAGUAUGUCGGUCGUUCUACAAUCGUACCGCUUUCCAGCUGCCUGGAGAUGCACGUGUGCGUGUGUCUCUUGACACGGAGCUUUCGAUGAUUCGUGAGGACAACCUGGAUGGCAAGAAGCGAGCGGGCGAUCACUGGCGACGUAUGGACAUCGGCAUUGACUACCCUUUCAGCCAGCUGCCACCAGAGGACAUCGAGCGUUUCCCUUAUGGUGUCUUGGAAGUGAAGUUGCAAACCGCCCAAGGGCAAGAACCGCCAGACUGGAUUCGAGAAUUGACAGCAUCGCAUCUGGUCGAGGCUGUUCCAAAGUUCUCCAAGUUCAUCCACGGAUGCGCUACCCUCUUUCCAACAAGAAUUGACCUCUUGCCAUUCUGGUUCCCACAAAUGGAUGUUGACAUUCGCAAACCGGUCAGCCACAAGUUCGGCAUUGAGAGACCUGGCCAAAGCACGGAUGUCAGCACUAGCGAAGCCCUGGACGACGACACAGAAGAUGAGCUGGAAGAGGAUGAAGCGAACAGAACUCUAGAAGAGGAAGACGAAAACCAACAACGACUUCGCGCCGCCCGAGACGCACUCGAACGCCAUGAAGAAGACCGACAUCUAUACGCAAACGGUGAUGCCGAUCCCAACGUCCUAGAUGAAGAAGAACGCAUGGCCCACAAACCCAUAGUGUCUAUCGAUGAUGACUAUCCACUCUACGACUCGGACGAUGAAGAAGAAGCACUUGAAGAAGCCAAGAAGAAAGGCGGCUGGGCGUAUCGAUGGAAACUCACAAAGAGCUACGCCAGCCUCGCUGGCGACAAACUUCUUUUCACGUUAAAGCAAGCGACACCAUUUCCUCAGCCUACACAAAUCCCAGCGAGAGAGGGUCGCAUGGGGAUACCAGGCGGAUCUGGGGUUAGCGAAAAGAGGUUCCGAGCGCCGAAGGGGAAGAAGAUUCACGUUCCUGUCCGAGUGGAACCCAAAGUGUCGUUCGCCGCUGAACGCACAUUCCUGGCUUGGCUCGAAUUCUCCAUCAUCCUCGGCUCCAUUGCUGCAACCCUUCUCAAUUUCGGCGACAACGUCUCCUUGGCGGCCGCAAUCGCUUUCACUGUCACCGCGGUCAUUGCCCUGUUCUACUCGAUGAUCAUAUUCCUCUGGCGUGUCGACAGAAUCAAACAGCGAAAGGCGGUGAGUUAUCACGACAAAUGGGGCCCUUCGGUGCUGUGCGUAGCUUUGAUGGCUUGUGUUUGUGUCGCUGUGGGAUUCAGAUUUGCAAAAGGUGGAGAAGGGGAUCUCAGGGGCCGGCAUUGAGGGAGGAUGAUGUCUGAAUGAGGGGCUUGAGGGGAUGGUUGCAUAUACGACAGGGAGAUUGCGGUAAUGGCGCUUGUAGCUGCAUGUAUGUACUGUAUAAUACCGAAAUGACAUGCGCAUGCAUACAUCUUGCUCGCUGGAAGUUUCCUCUCCUGUGCAGAAUAUAGAGCAACGCGACGUCAACGAGUGAGUGAGUCUAAAAUUGCCCAUAUCAGGCAAGGUAAGCUAUCGAGCGCUUGCCCACCUGACUUUCCAUUCCCCUUUUGGUUUCCCCAUCCCCCAUCAAGGUGUAACACUCCUAUCAAUAUUCGGCACCCUCUUCUGACUUUCCUCAUCCAUCUCAAAUCCAAUCUUCUCCAACUCCUCCCAGGCAGUCGAGAACUUCUCCCUUGCCCAGCUCUCUACUUCAGCCUGCUUGGCUUCCGUCGUAGCUCCAUCGACCAUACUUCCGAGCAGAACAGCAUCAACCUCACACUCCCUCUUCUCUUCUGCUGCCUCAAUGAGCUCAAAAGCACUCUCAUUGUCCCCAUUACCCACUAAUGCACCAGCAUAAGCAGCCCAUAAUUUCUGAUCAAGUUCCACGUCCAUCUUUCUCAACUUGGUCCAAAUUUCCUUGGCGCGUAAAUCGCCAAAUGGUGCUUUCUCGCAAGCGCGUAAUGCGAUGUGGAUACUGUUGUACGUGGGCCCUUCCUUGCUCGCGACAAUGUCAUUCCAGAAUCCCAAAGCUAGUCGAGGGCGAUCGCAUGCGGUGUACGAGAUCAUCAUGGCGUUCAUGAGAUAUGUCGUCGUGUUGAUGUUGUAAUCCAACUUGAGUUGGUUGUGAAUGACCUCGAGACUGUCGAGAUCGCGGAGUUUGGCAGAGCCAAGGAAAGAUGCGACGUAAGUGUCUACUGUGGGAAUGGUGUCUGCGCGGGAAUGGCGACGCAUUUCGUUGAAGAUGAAGACUGCCAUGUCGGGUCUCUUGUGGCGGGUGUAGAAGUUUGACAUGACUUGCGUUCGUGGCUCGCGCGGCAUCUCGUCAAAGACAGAUCCGAGGAUUUUGUAGGCGUCCCAGGAGCGGGAUGUAGGUGUUGAUGGGUCGAGGCAGAAUGCCAGAAUGGUGUUGAGGAUUUGGGAGCGGUCGGCGGAGGAGUAAUGGUGAGCGUGGGUGUUCAGCAAGUCGAUGACAUCGUGCAUUUCGUCUCGAUUCAGGUGCAGCAGAGCUAAAGCCGUGACUGUGGCAGGGUCAAAAUGUGCUCGUCGGUCGGCGAGGUCCAUGGCGACAUUCAUCACCGUGUCAAAGUCGUGGCGUUUGCUUUGGCAGAGCGCUACGAUAAGGUUGUUCACGGCUGGGACAUCUUCAUUCGAGGAGAGGUCCAUUGCUUGUAGGCUCUUGUAGGCGAUGAGAGCGCCGUCGACAUCGCUGAUUUUGAGUCGGUAUUGAAUUUGCAGUUGGUAUGUGCGAGCGUCGGGCUCGAUUUGUCGUGAUUUGCCCAGGACAAUGAAGCGUUCUGCCAGAUACGGGUCCUGCUUGGAAGUGGCGAACUCUACCAGUCCGUUGAUGGUCGCAAUGUCGGGCACUCUCCACUCUGUCGGAUCGGAAAUAUCAUCGUUGGACUUCUCCAUGACAUCAAGCAUGCGUCCAAUCUCAUCCGCACCUUUACCUGUGCCAGCUGCCCAUACGAGGAUGGCAUCCCAUACCAGUUUCGGUGGGUUGUUUGCCAUGGCCCGCCGUACAACCUGGUGGCCGAAGUCGAGAUGAUGGUGAAGCAAGCACCAACGAAGCACCUCUUCCAAGUGAAUGGAAACGUGUCGGUCCAACUGUGAAGAUGUCCAGCUCAGGGCUGCAUUUUCCCCUUCCCCUCCAAGGAUGUCCUCAUAGGUCCGCCAAUACUGCUCAUGCCAUGUCUGAACAGCAUCGAUUCGGUCUGUCUGCAGGUAGUAUGAGAGCAUAGCGCUUGCCAUAGGCGCGGUAACUCCAGUAUACCACUCUUGGGUUUGAAUAGUGGUCAUGGUUGCGAGAAGUUCCUCCUCGUUGUUCUCUCUGGCGAAGCCUCUCAAUACCGCAGCCCAGAUCUUUGGAAUCUGAGCUUUGCUACGUUCCAUCUGCUUUUUACCGUGAGCAAGAACAGCGUUUUCAGCAGCAACGUGCGCUGUGUCCUGCUCUGCGGCAUGCUCGGCAACAUCGACAGUGGAUUGAGUACGCGCAGAAGUGUCCGGUUCGCCCAGCUUUUCCGCCAAGUCGCGAGCAUCAGAUGCUCUCCCGACGCAGCUGAGAGUGGCAGCAUAGGCGAAGGCAGUUUUCAGUCGAGCAGGCUUCUUCUCCGCUGUUAUCUCCUGGGCUCUCGUAUGUAGGAAUUCAGCGAGCUCAACAUGUGCAGAAGUGGUAGCAGAAGCCCCUGCAGCGACUGUGGAAACAGCGUUUAUCAUGGCCAUACCCAAUUGAUAAUCAUAAUCCUUCCCCACGCGCUUCGUCGUCCCAUCACUCUUUGACGCAUCCUCGUUCGCGAAACAGUACUUGAAGCUCUGCAGGGCUAAUCUCGCUUGAGUGUCACUGAUUUUCUUCCUUUGCUCUCUCUUUGCUGCAAAGAAGGCCUUCAGGGCGUCUGCCACAUCUUUCGCGGGCGGCAGACGAGCUUUCAUGCGCUGCAUCUUGGCCAGAUGCAUCAUGUCUUCAAUGCCCGGAUCCACAUUCACCUCUUUGGCCUCUCUUUUCUUCGGCGCGAACAUGUUGAAGUCGAAGAGGGACCUCUUCUGGUAGCGUGAUGGUCUCCCAUGUUGAGGAACACAUCGCCGUGAGCCAGUCCGAAUCCUGGCGAGGGAACUAUAUGUCUGUCGCCGCAAACAACCUCGAUGGAUGAUGGGUUCGUUGGCCAGAAUGCGGCGGAAGACGUGGCGAGUGAGGUGCGUCGGCAUGGUCGUGUCAGUCCAUAUUCUCUUUCCC